UGCCGGAAAAGAGCGAGUCGGUGGUUUCCAUAGUGAUGGAGGAGCACGGGCAGGAAAUUUAAAGGCGCUGGAUCCUCGCGAAGCAGACAAGCUGGUGCCAACGUGCGUGGCGGCGGCUGCUGUUGCGGCGGCGGCGGCUGCUGCUGCUUUUGCAGGCUUUUGCAAAGAGAAACGGGAGCCGGGGGGAAAGUUUGCAGAAGAAGCUUCUGCUGAGUGACACCGCGCAACCAACUCGGGAGCCAGAGGAACAAUUGCACCGAGCUGGACGAGGCGUCAGGUCUCCGGAACGCGACGGUUUGCUUUGGCUUGGUGGCGUGUGCUUUUCUUAUUUAUUUUAUUUUUCCCUCUUUUUGCAUAUACUCACCCGAGGCGUUUGCACGCGCCGAAUUGCUCCGCGGGGCUGAGCGUGGCGCAUCCCCAGGGCGACCCCCUACUUCUUUCCCACGACGUCUUGCUCGGAUCCCCGCGGCGUCCCUUGCGCGCUUCUCCCGAUGCCUUUUUUGCUCGGCCUGGCCGCCCGGUGAGCCUCCCUCGUUCCCUUCCGUCCCUCCCCCGUCGAGGAUGGAUCAUUCCCAGUGGCUCGUGACUAUUUACGCCUUGGUAGUUCUCCUGGGGCUCCGUCUGGAGCGAGGCGCUUGCCAGCACUACCUGCACAUCCGCCCUGCUCCGAGCGACAACUUGCCCCUGGUGGAUCUAAUCGAGCACCCGGACCCUAUCUUCGACCCCAAGGAGAAGGACCUAAACGACACGCUCCUGCGCAACCUCCUGGGCACCCAUUUCGACGCCAACUUCAUGGCGGUCUCCCUGGCCGACGAUCGCCUGGGAGGGGACGACCUGGCCGAGCUGGACCUGCUGCUGAGGCAGAGGCCGUCGGGGGCCAUGCCCAGCGAGAUCAAGAGCCUGGAGUUUUACGACGGUGGCCUGCAGGCCAGCAAGAAGCACCGGCUGAGCAAGAAGCUUCGCCGGAAGCUGCAGCUGUGGCUAUGGUCGCAGACCUUCUGCCCGGUCCUCUACACGUGGAACGACCUGGGCAGCCGCUUCUGGCCCCGCUACGUCAAAGUGGGCAGCUGCUUCAGCAAGAGGUCGUGCUCCGUCCCCGAAGGGAUGGUCUGCAAGCCGGCCAAGUCGGUGCAUCUGACCAUCUUGAGGUGGAGGUGCCAGCGCCGGGGCGGGCAACGCUGCACGUGGAUCCCCAUUCAGUACCCUAUCAUAGCCGAGUGCAAAUGCUCCUGCUAGUGGACUUGGGGGGGGACUGGGAAGGGAGCUGCCUGCGCGGUGCACUUAAUUCCCAUCCUCACCCCUUUAAAAAAAAAAAAAAA